GUGGUUCUAGCUCUCUCUCCAAUAUAUAUUGCUCUGUUUAAGCAAAUUUCUUUGCUGUUUUUCUUUUUCUUUUUCUUUUUCUUUUUUUUUUUGGGUGCUGACUGUUCAUGCUUUUGUAUGUUGUAAUCCUUCUUUUGGUUCUACUUUAUUCUCCUGAUUCUUGCAGUAUUGGUUAUAAUCCCUUUCCCUGUGUUUGGAUCUCUGGAGAAGGGAGGGGAAAGAAGGGAAAAGGGAGAGCCUUUUAAGAAGUAUAUAGACCUGCUAAAGUAUAAGAAGGAUUCAUCUGCAAUCAGGAAUGAAUCCACCUAAAGUCAAGCGUCGAGUUGGGAAAUAUGAGGUGGGAAGGACAAUUGGGGAGGGUACAUUUGCGAAAGUCAAGUUUGCAAGGAAUUCUGAGACUGGGGAACCGGUUGCUAUAAAGAUCCUGGACAAAGAGAAGGUUCUGAAACACAAAAUGGCUGAACAGAUAAAGCGGGAAGUAGCAACAAUGAAACUAAUAAAGCAUCCAAAUGUUGUUCGCUUAUAUGAGGUAAUGGGGAGCAAGACAAAGAUAUUCAUUGUUUUAGAGUUUGUUACUGGGGGAGAGCUCUUUGACAAAAUUGUAAACCAUGGGCGAAUGAGGGAGGAUGAAGCACGAAGGUAUUUCCAGCAGCUUAUUAAUGCUGUUGAUUAUUGUCACAGUAGGGGUGUCUACCACAGAGACUUAAAGCCAGAAAAUCUGCUGUUGGAUGCUUAUGGAAACCUCAAAGUUUCUGAUUUUGGAUUAAGUGCAUUGUCCCAACAAGUCAGGGAUGAUGGCCUGCUUCACACUACCUGUGGAACUCCAAACUAUGUUGCCCCUGAGGUCCUUAAUGACAGAGGCUAUGAUGGUGCAACUGCAGACUUGUGGUCCUGUGGUGUUAUACUCUUUGUAUUGCUUGCAGGGUACUUGCCUUUUGAUGAUUCUAAUCUUAUGAUCCUAUAUAAAAAAAUAUCAGCUGCAGAAUUUACUUGUCCACCUUGGCUCUCUUUCGGUGCUAUGAAAUUGAUAACUCGCAUUUUGGAUCCCAACCCUAUGACUCGUAUUACAAUCCCUGAAAUUCUAGAAGAUGAAUGGUUUAAGAAAGGUUAUAAGCCCCCUGUGUUUGAGGAGAAAGGAGAUGCAAACUUGGAUGAUGUAGAAGCUGUAUUUAAAGAUUCAGAAGAACAUCAUGUUACAGAGAAAACGGAGGAACAACCAGCAGCAAUGAAUGCAUUUGAAUUAAUUUCCAUGUCAAGAGGGCUCAACCUUGGGAAUUUGUUUGAUAUAGAACAGGGAUUCAAGAGAGAAACGAGGUUCACGUCAAAAUGCCCUGCCAAUGAGAUAAUUCAUAAGAUUGAAGAAGCUGUGAAGCCUCUUGGGUUUGAUGUUCACAAGAAAAACUAUAAGAUGAGGCUUGAAAAUAUGAAAGCUGGGAGAAAAGGGAACCUUAAUGUGGCUACAGAGGUAUUUCAAGUGGCACCUUCUCUUCAUAUGGUUGAGGUUCGAAAAGCAAAGGGAGAUACUCUGGAGUUCCAUAAGUUCUACAAAAAUCUUUCGACCUGCCUUGAGGAUGUGGUUUGGAAAACUGAGGAUGACAUGCAAGAAACGAAAUAAGAAUGUCCCCCACCUUGGAGGGUGGCAGAAUGUCAGUCUUCUCUCAAGGUACCUGGCUAAUGUUCUAGUGUUGUCAUUAUGAAACCAUUCUUUUGUUUAUGAAACCAUUUUGGCCUUUUUCUUUUUUUGGGUUUUUUUGGGUUUUUUUUGUGUAGAAUUUUGAGACACGUGGCUUCACUAAUUGUUUUCCUGUGUUAUUAUGUUUGGAAAGCAAAGGGUGGUUCCCAUUGAGGUGCACUGUGUAAUUUGAACUCUUUGACAUUGCAAUAUCAUUUAUGGAUGAUGCUUGAUGAAGGGGAAAAGAAAAAGAAGAUAUAUACCCAUACCCAUUUGUAUAUUUA